CACCCCUUCGGUCCCCGAAAGGCAGGUCUCCCCCGGGUGUAUUUGCAGGGCCCUUUCCCUCCCCGUUCCUAUCUGUCCCUGGGGGACACUGGAUGGGCUGGGAGAACACAGACCUUCCAAACCUCAUCUUGGUUCUGUUCCUUCACCCUCGCCCACCUGGCCCACUGUCGCGAGAGCCACUGGCCAUAGUGGAGAGGCUGGGACCCGAGCACCCUUCGCUCGGUCGGCUCCAAGUUUCUCAGCAUGUUGAGCAUCCGACUCUUGACUCCCCGGCUGCUCUGCCUCCAGGGCAGAACUACCUCGUACUCGACCGCAGCUGCUCUCCCGAACCCAAUCCCAAACCCAGAGAUUCGCUACAACAAGCUGUUCAUCAACAAUGAGUGGCAUGAUGCAGUCAGCAAAAAGACCUUCCCCACAGUGAACCCCACCACAGGCGAGGUCAUUGGGCAUGUGGCCGAAGGUGACCGGGCAGAUGUGGAUCUGGCUGUGAAAGCCGCUCGGGAGGCCUUCCGCCUGGGGUCCCCGUGGCGCAGGAUGGAUGCCUCAGAGCGGGGCCGGCUGUUGAACCGCUUGGCUGACCUUGUGGAACGGGAUCGCGUGUACUUGGCCUCACUGGAGACCCUGGAUAAUGGGAAACCAUUCCAGGAGUCUUAUGUCUUGGACCUGGAUGAAGUCAUCAAGGUGUACCGUUACUUUGCUGGCUGGGCCGACAAGUGGCACGGUAAGACCAUCCCUAUGGAUGGGGAGCAUUUCUGCUUCACCCGGCAUGAGCCAGUGGGUGUCUGUGGCCAGAUAAUCCCAUGGAAUUUCCCAUUGGUCAUGCAGGGCUGGAAGUUGGCCCCAGCACUUGCCACAGGCAACACCGUGGUCAUGAAGGUGGCAGAGCAAACCCCACUUUCUGCCCUGUACUUGGCCUCCCUCAUCAAGGAGGCAGGGUUUCCCCCAGGAGUGGUGAACAUCAUCACUGGCUAUGGCCCCACGGCAGGAGCAGCCAUAGCCCAGCAUAUGGAUGUGGAUAAAGUCGCCUUCACCGGCUCCACCGAGGUGGGCCACCUGAUCCAGAAAGCGGCUGGUGAUUCCAACCUCAAGAGAGUCACCUUGGAGCUGGGCGGGAAGAGCCCCAGCAUUGUGCUGGCAGACGCUGACAUGGGUCAUGCUGUCGAGCAGUGUCACGAAGCCCUUUUCUUCAACAUGGGCCAGUGCUGCUGCGCAGGCUCACGGACAUUUGUGGAAGAAUCCAUCUAUCCCGAGUUUCUCGAGAGAACCGUGGAGAAAGCCAAGCAGAGGAAAGUAGGGAACCCCUUCGAGCUGGACACCCAGCAGGGGCCUCAGGUGGACAAGGAGCAGUUUGAACGAAUCCUGGGCUACAUCCGGCUUGGUCAGAAGGAGGGGGCAAAACUUCUCUGUGGUGGGGAGCGUUUUGGGGAUCGUGGCUUCUUCAUCAAGCCCACAGUCUUUGGGGACGUGCAGGAUGACAUGAAGAUUGCCAAGGAGGAGAUCUUUGGGCCUGUGCAGCCUCUGUUCAAGUUCAAGAAGAUUGAGGAAGCGAUUGAGAGAGCUAACAACACCAGGUAUGGCCUGGCUGCGGCUGUGUUCACCCAAGACCUGGACAAGGCCAUAUACUUCAGCCAGGCCCUGCAAGCUGGGACUGUGUGGGUGAACACCUACAAUAUCGUCACCUGCCACACACCGUUUGGAGGCUUUAAGGAAUCCGGCAACGGGCGGGAGCUGGGGGAAGAUGGGCUUAGAGCCUACACGGAGGUGAAGACUGUCACCAUCAAGGUUCCGGAGAAGAACUCCUGAGAUUGGCCACCUUGGAGGUCCAGCCAUGUCCUGUGGUGCCACAACAUCUAGCCAGGGGAUGGAAAAAAUUGAUUUUAGCCCGAGUUCCAAAUGAAGUGUUCCAAGGAGUGUCAACAAAUAAAGUGGUUAAAUCAGAGCUCUUCUGUUUAAAGCAGAGAUGGUAGCUGGGCUCAGAGUGCUACCCACCUUGUCCCCAGGUCCCAACCUCACUGAUGACUUUCAAGUUAUCGCCAGGAAACCUUAGGAGUCUCCAGAAGGUAUAUUUAAAGCCGUUGACUGUAGCCACAAAAAAGGAAUGAUGGAUUAUCCAGGUGCAACCUGAAUGAGCCUCAAAAGCAGAAUGCUAAAUGAAAGGAGGCAGCUUCCUGUUGAAAUGUCCAAACCUGUAUCCGUAGUAGAAAGCAGAUCCGUGGUUGGCAGGGACUGGGGGACGGGAAUAGGGCAAUGACUGCUUAUGGAUAUCGGCUCCUCUUGAGGAGGUUUUGAAAAUGUUGUGGAAUUGGGCAGUGGACAUGGUUGCACAACGUUGCAAUUGUACCGAUUUACUGUCAAAUUAUACACUUAAUUAGGGUGUGGGAAUUAAUUUCAUUUUAAAAUUAAAAUAAGCUCUAUUUGCAA